AUGGAAUGUUUAAACGUAUGGUGUCAUAAAGGACUUUACAAACUGAAACCACACUCGAAGAAUCCAGUAGCAUUGUGCAGCUUGGGCAUAGGGGCAACUUUCGGUGAAUCCAUCCUUCAAGAUUUGCCGAGAGAUAGUACAGUUGUCACUCAAACCACUUGCGAGCUUCUCAGGGUCGAGCAGCACGACUUUAAGCUGAUUUGGGAGAAAAAUAAGGAGCUGAUGAACGAUCUGGUUUCCAACUGUAAACUGAAAAAUGGUUUUGGCCCAGGUAUCAUGAACGCCAAGGGCGGCAUACAGCCCGUAUCGCCCCCACCACCUAGACGAUCCACCUCGCCGGACCAACCGAACCCAGCCGAACCCAUCACGGAUGCUCCCAGCGCCAUCAUAGGCAGGAUAGGAUGGGCGCUCAGGGUACUACUAUUGUCUCAAAACACGUGCUUGAAGGACAGAAAAGUAUCUGGACGACUAGUAAGACGAUGUGCUCCCGGUACAGAAUUGGUGGAUUGGCUCCUGAAUUCGUCUCCGAGUGUACACACCAGGGCUCAAGCUACUGGAAUGUGGCAAGCUCUACUGGAAGAAGGUGUCAUUUCACACGUGAGCAAGGAGCAGCCCUUCAAGGACAAGUGCUUCCUGUACCGCUUCCGGCAGGACGAAGAUGGCGCCACUACUGCCCUUCCCACUCUGGAGGACGUAGCUGCAGCUGAGGAGCAGAUUCACGACUCUUUGGGGAUACUCGUCCACAAGGGACCGGACGCCAUUCUCAGAAUGAUUCUCAGGAAACAGAGCCAUGAGCGAACUGCAGAUGAUCAAGAAAUAAUUUAUGAGGAACUUCUCCAUAUCAGAGCGCUAGCACAUCUGUCCAAUUCUGUCAAAAGAGAACUAGCUUCUAUCAUGGUAUUCGAAGCACAUCCGAAAGCUGGUACCGUAUUGUUUCAUCAAGGAGAUGAAGGUAGGUCGUGGUACAUUAUAGUACGCGGAUCGGUUGAUGUCGUCAUACAUGGCAAGGGAACAGUCAACACCCUGCAUGAGGGGGAUGACUUUGGAAAAUUAGCUCUCAUCAACGAUGCUCCAAGGGCGGCUACGAUAGUUUUAAGGGAAAACAACUGCCACUUCAUGAGAGUCGAUAAGGAAAACUUCAACAGAAUCUUGAGGGAUGUUGAGGCCAACACUGUGAGACUGAAAGAACACGGCAAAGACGUUCUGAUACUGGAGAAGAUUAAUACGAACACGAAACAAGUGUUCUCUUCUCAUUUCAAAUAUACUGUGAUGGCGGGUACACCGCAAAAGAUGCUGGAGCAUCUUCUAGAAACAAGACUGGACGGACGUGGAGGAAGCAAUGGAGGGGAACAUUUCAUCGUCAGCACUGCUCAAGAUCCUUUUUUGGACGAUUUUCUUCUCACCCACAUUGUCUUCAUGCCGACGCAUCAGCUGCUAGAAGAAUUAGAUAGAUAUUAUAGGAUAGAUGUUACGAAACAGGAUCGAGAGUUCGUUUUAGCUUGUAAGAGACGUGUUAUCCAGUUCAUCUACAAGUGGGUGACAACGAUAAGGCAUCCUGUGUUCGAGGACGAUAUCGCGGUGGAAUUUCUGGAAGAACUGGCCAACGAACUAGAAAACGAAGCCAAUCAAUAUAACGCCCUGCAAGAAGAGGCGUCUCUCAUGCACCACGUCCUAUCACAGCUAAGAAGGUAUAACGAGGAUAGGAAAGCUCACGAAGGCCAAAAAUGGAAGUUGCCACCACUAGGACAACCAAUCAGCUUGUUCAGCUCCGGAGAUGACACUAACAGGACGAUCAUAAUGCCUCAGGAUGACAUCAUUUUCCGUGUGUACUGCGCCGAUCAUACUUAUUGCACCUUGAGGCUACCAGUGGAUACCACGGCAGAGGCGAUAAAGCUGGUGGCAGCGGAAAAAUUGAAGAUGAGGACAGGCGAGGAAUUGUUGCUGGUAGAGGUCAAGUCCACUGGGGAAAGGGUCGUUUGCAGGGACGACGAUAUCAGCAUUCCUACUGCACUGACCCUCAACGGGAGGAUAUUCGUGUCGCCCAAGGACCAUUUGGAUGCGUUGACAUGCCUCAGUGAACAAGAAGAGCCCACCCAAGGAAUUGAUGGAGACAUCGAAAUGUUCAGUACGAAGGAGCUCGCAUACUACAUCACUUUGUUCGACUGGGACCUUUUCUGGUGUGUUCAUGAGUAUGAGCUUCUUUAUCACACGUUCGGCAGACACCAUUUCGGGCAGAUCACAGCCAAUUUGGAUGUAUUUCUUCGAAGGUUCAACGAGAUUCAAUUCUGGGUGGUCACCGAAAUAUGCUUGACGAGCAGUCUCGGUAAAAGGGUGGCUGUACUCAGGAAGUUCAUCAAACUGGCUGCAUAUUGCAAGGAAUACCAGAAUCUGAACGCCUUCUGCGCAAUAGUGAUGGGACUGAGCAACGUGGCGGUAUCCCGUUUAUCGAACACUUGGGACAAAUUACCAUCAAAAUUCCGGAAAUUGUUCACGGAAUUCGAGGCCCUGAUAGAGCCGAGUCGCAACCACCGCGCCUACAGGGUGAACGUGGGAAAGCUGCAACCGCCCGUGGUGCCCUUCAUGCCGCUUCUGAUCAAGGACAUGACCUUCACGCACGAGGGCAACAAAACCUGCUUGGACGGGCUGGUGAACUUCGAGAAGAUGCACAUGCUGGCGCAGACCAUGAGGACGAUCAGGUUUUGUAGGAGCAGGCAUUUAGUUUUGGAACCUCCGUCACCUAAGAGUGAAGGUGAAGUCAAAUCGUACAUUUCUUGUUUGAGAACAAUUGACAAUCAAAGGAUUCUGACGAGCCUUUCGCAAAAACUCGAACCAAGAAGAUCUUAG